AUGGAAAUACAGGAGCAGGCAACCGACGCUAUGCUGGCCCGAAGGGACGAGCAGGCAUUCGAACAGGUUUUUAAAACACACUUUAAAAGCCUGCAUGCCUACGCCUUUGCCAUGGUGAAAGAUUCCGACGAAGCAGAAGAGAUCGUGCAACAGGUAUUUUUCAAAUUGUGGGACAAGUCCGAUUUGCAUGCUUUUUCCGGCUCUAUCAGCGCCUAUCUCUACCGCGCCGUCCAUAAUGAAAGCCUCAACUACCUGAAACACCAGAAAGUCAAGGCCCGUCAUCAACUUCACGUGGCUUACAGUAUGAAACAGGAGCAGCAGACCGAUAAGGUGAAUAUGAUGAGCAAAGAACUGGAAACAAAAUACCGCGAAGCUCUCAAUGAACUGCCCGAACAGUGCCGCACCGUUUUCCAGCUCAGCCGCUUUGAGAACAUGAAAUACCGUGAGAUCGCCGAUAACCUCGGUAUCUCCGUCAAAACUGUCGAAAACCAUAUGGGCAAAGCAUUAAAAUUGCUGCGCACCAAACUGCAACAGGGUGACAGGCUGGCGAAGAACACACAGUUAAAGGCAGAGUUGUAUUACCAGCGGUUAUUCAAUGUGCCGAUUGCUACGCAUGACACCAGUACCCUGUCGGCGUUAAAUGUGGAAUAUGAGUAUAUCACUGAUCCGCUUGUUAAUAAAGGCAAGGGAAGGAACUAUGGUGUAGAGAUAUCACUGGAGCGUUACCUGCAAAAUAAUUUCUACUUCACGCUAAGCAAUUCGAUAUACCAGUCGAAGUAUACAGCCGCUGAUGGUGUGGAAAGGAAUACGCGGUUUAAUGGAAAUUAUAUUGUUACGCUUCUUAGCGGCAAAGAUUUUAUCAUCGAGCGUAAGUCGAAAACGAUUGGCGUAAAUAUAAAGAGCAUUUAUGCCGGCGGUUUACGGACGACACCUAUUGACCUGGAAGCAUCGAGACAAGCAGUUAAGCAAUCACCCGGUGAAGUAUUCAGCACUAUUUUGAAUGUGAGGAGUUGGUGGAUGGGAGUUUUCUCAGAAGAGAUCCGAGGAAAUUCCGGCGAAAUUAAUGAUGAAUUUAUUUUUCGUGCCGGUGGAGGAAUGCAUUAUUCAAAACAGAAAUUGGUUGAAUUAAUUCCUGGUAAAAAGAUCGUA